AUGUCCGGAAACAACAUCAAAGUCGUUUGCCGUUUCCGACCCCAGAACAAGCUCGAGAUUAGAGAAGGUGGUGUCCCCAUCAUUGACAUCUCUGACGAAGGCUCCUCAUUGAAAUUCAACGGCAAAGAAUACAAUGGCAACUUUUCAUUUGACAAGGUGUAUGGCAUGAACACUGCCCAAAAGGAUAUCUUUGACUAUUCAGUAAAGUCGAUUGUCGAUGAUGUCACGGCUGGUUACAAUGGCACGGUGUUUGCUUAUGGCCAAACAGGUUCUGGAAAGACCUAUACCAUGAUGGGUGCCGAUAUCGAUGAUGAAAGUACCAAGGGUAUCACACCACGCAUUGUUGAACAAAUCUUUGCAAGCAUCAUGGAGUCGCCUAGCAACCUUGAAUUCACCGUACGUGUCUCGUACAUGGAGAUUUACAUGGAAAAAGUGCGAGAUCUUUUAAAUCCUUCACGAGAGAACUUGCCGAUCCAUGAAGAUAAACAAAAGGGUAUCUACGUCAAGGACUUGCUGGAAGUAUACGUUGGAUCAAGUGAAGAAGUAUACGAAGUAAUGCGUCGUGGUGGAAACAAUCGUGUGGUUGCCUAUACGAACAUGAAUGCCGAAAGUUCAAGAAGUCAUUCCAUUUUCGUCAUCACCAUCACGCAAAAGAAUGUCGACACAGGUGCUGCAAAGAGUGGCAAACUCUACUUGGUCGAUUUGGCGGGUUCCGAAAAGGUUGGCAAGACCGGUGCAUCAGGUCAAACACUCGAGGAAGCCAAAAAGAUCAACAAGUCGCUGACAGCCUUGGGUAUGGUCAUUAAUGCCUUGACGGAUGGAAAGUCGAGCCAUAUCCCCUAUCGUGAUUCCAAGCUCACUCGUAUCCUGCAAGAAUCACUUGGUGGUAAUUCUCGUACGACACUCAUCAUUAAUUGCUCGCCAUCAUCCUACAACGAAGCUGAAACGUUGUCGACAUUGCGAUUUGGUGUACGUGCCAAGACGAUCAAGAACAAGGCCAAGGUCAAUGCCGAUUUAUCACCUGCAGAACUCAAAGCUGCUCUCAAAAAGAUCAAGGCUGAAGCAGUUACUUUCCAAACGUAUAUCGCUGCUCUCGAGGGUGAAGUCAAUGUUUGGCGUGCAGGCAACAGUGUUCCCGAGGAAAAGUGGGUCACCAUGGAUAAGGUCAGCAAAGGUGAUUUCAAGGCUCUACCUCCUGCACAAGGUUUCAAGAGUCCCGUGAGCGAGGAGUUGUCGCGUCCUUCCACACCAGCCAUUGUUCUUGAAAAGGAUGAACGUGAAGAGUAUAUGAAACGUGAGAAUGAGCUCAUGGAUCAAAUUGCUGAAAAGGAAACUGAGAUUGCCAACCGUGAAAAGCUCCUCGAAUCACUCAAGGAAGAGAUGGGCUAUUACAAGGAACAGGAGCAAACAGUGACCAAGGAGAAUCAGCAAAUGACGUCUGAAUUGAGCGACCUGAGACUUCAGCUUCAGAAAAUGUCCUAUGAGAGCAAAGAGAAUGCUAUCACUGUCGAGUCCUUGAAGGAAGCCAAUCAAGAUUUGAUGUCUGAAUUGGAGGAACUCAAAAAGAACUUGGCCGAGGUGCGCAUGGCUCACAAGGAAGCAUCCGAUACGGAUAAGGAAAAGAAAAAGGCUGAAAAGAUGGCACAAAUGAUGUCUGGAUUUGAUCCUUCGAGCCAAAUCAAUGAAAAGGAGCGCCAAAUUCGAGAUGCACUCAACAAACUUGAUGGUGAAAGCAUGUCCAAUGAGGAAAUUGCCAGCUUACGCCGUGAACUUGCCGAAUCCAAGGUGUUGCUUGAACAACAUACCAAGACGAUUAGCGACUUGACGUAUGAAAAAGACAACAUGGAAAGCAAAAAGAAUGACUUGGAGGGUCGUCUCAACACACUUGAGCAUGAAUACGAAGAGUUGCUUGAUAAGACCAUUGCCGAAGAGGAGGCUGAAGCCAAGUCGAGAGCUGACAUUGCCGAUACCAUCACCGAUAUCAAGAGCAAGCUCGAAGCAACCCAUGCUGCCAAGAAAGAAAUCCAACAAAAGGAAAUUGAGGAUCUCAAAAAGGAGCUUGAGCGCAAGAACCAAGAUCAUCAGAAACUUAGCAGCGCCAUGACUGAUCUUAAGGCUGCCAACGAGCAACUCCAGGCUGCAUUGGCCGAUCAAGCUGCACCUGCACCUGCCACUAAUGGUGACCUUAGCGAGAAAGAAAAGGAUCUUGAGCGCAUGCGUAAAUCGAUGGCUCAACAGCUUGCCGACUUUGAAGUCAUGAAGAAGGCAUUGAUGCGUGAUCUUCAAAGCCGCUGUGAACGUGUGGUUGAACUUGAAAUGUCGUUGGAUGAGACACGAGAGCACUACAACAAUGUCCUUCGAACAAGUAACAACAAGGCUCAGCAAAAGAAGAUGGCCUUUUUGGAGCGUAACCUUGAGCAACUCACCAAUGUGCAAAAGCAGCUCGUUGAUCAAAACGCAUCGCUCAAGAAGGAAGUGGCCUUGGCUGAACGCAAGUUGAUUGCUCGUAACGAACGUAUCCAGAGCCUUGAAACCUUGCUCCAAGAUGCUCAAGAGAAGCUUAUUACACAAAACCAAAAGUUCGAGACCCAAUUGCAAGCUGUACGUGAACGACUUGAGCAAGCACGUUCUCAACAAAAGACACAAAGCCCCAUGUCAGCAUUGAACUUUGGUCGUAUCGCCAAACCUCUUCGUGGUGGUGCUGUUGUUCCCGAGAAUGGUGGCGGAGACUCACCUACUCGUGAUAAGCGUACAUCGUGGAUUGCUGGUUUCAUGAACUCGUCUCGAUAG